GUGUUGUUUGAUGGCUUCACUGAGGAGAGUCAAAGUGUUGUUGGUGUUGAACUUGAUAGCGGUGGCCGGCUUUGUGAUCUUCUUGGCUAAGUGCCGGCCUAUCGCGGUGCGCAGCGGAGACGCCUUCCAUGAGAUCCGGCCUCGCGCAGAGGUGGCUAACCUCAGUGCGCACAGCGCCAGCCCCAUCCAGGAUGCGGUCCUGAAGCGCCUGUCGCUGCUGGAGGACAUCGUCUACCGGCAGCUUAAUGGGUUAUCCAAAUCACUGGGACUCAUCGAAGGGUAUGGUGGGCGGGGCAAAGGAGGCCUUCCUGCCACCCUUUCCCCCUCGGAAGAAGAAAAAGCCAAAGGACCUCAUGAGAAGUACGGCUACAAUUCCUACCUCAGCGAAAAGAUCUCCUUGGAUCGGUCUAUUCCAGAUUAUCGUCCAACUAAGUGCAAGGAGCUCAAAUACUCCAAGGAGUUGCCCCAGAUAUCCAUCAUCUUCAUCUUCGUGAAUGAGGCCCUGUCUGUGAUCCUGCGGUCAGUCCACAGCGCUGUCAACCACACACCCACACACCUGCUGAAAGAGAUCAUCCUGGUGGAUGACAACAGCGACGAAGAGGAGCUGAAGGCCCCCUUGGAAGAGUAUGUCCACAAACGCUACCCUGGGCUGGUGAAGGUGGUACGCAAUCAAAAGAGAGAAGGCCUGAUCCGAGCACGCAUCGAGGGCUGGAAGGUGGCCACUGGACAGGUCACUGGCUUUUUCGAUGCCCAUGUGGAAUUCACUGCUGGAUGGGCGGAGCCUGUCCUGUCCCGCAUCCAGGAAAACCGGAAGCGGGUCAUCCUCCCCUCCAUCGACAACAUCAAGCAGGACAACUUCGAAGUGCAGCGCUACGAGAACUCCGCCCACGGGUACAGCUGGGAGCUGUGGUGCAUGUACAUCAGCCCCCCGAAAGACUGGUGGGACGCCGGCGACCCUUCUCUCCCCAUCAGGACACCAGCCAUGAUUGGCUGCUCAUUCGUGGUCAACAGGAAGUUCUUUGGUGAAAUCGGUCUGCUGGACCCUGGGAUGGAUGUGUAUGGAGGAGAGAAUAUUGAACUUGGAAUCAAGGUGUGGCUCUGUGGCGGCAGCAUGGAGGUCCUCCCAUGCUCGCGGGUGGCUCACAUCGAGCGGAAGAAGAAACCCUACAACAGCAACAUCGGCUUCUACACCAAGAGGAACGCGCUCCGGGUAGCCGAGGUCUGGAUGGACGACUACAAGUCUCAUGUGUACAUAGCGUGGAAUCUGCCUCUAGAGAAUCCAGGAAUCGAUAUAGGUGACGUCUCAGAAAGAAAAGCAUUAAGGAAGAGUCUGAAGUGUAAGAAUUUCCAGUGGUACUUGGACCACGUCUACCCGGAAAUGAGGAGAUACAAUAAUACUAUUGCUUAUGGGGAGCUCCGUAACAAUAAGGCCAAGGAUGUCUGCCUGGAUCAGGGGCCACUGGAGAACCACACAGCAAUCCUGUACCCAUGCCAUGGCUGGGGACCACAGCUUGCCCGCUACACCAAGGAAGGCUUCCUGCACUUGGGUGCUCUAGGGACCACCACACUCCUCCCUGACACCCGCUGCCUGGUGGACAACUCCAAGAGCCGGCUGCCACAGCUCCUGGACUGUGACAAGGUCAAGAGCAGCUUGUACAAGAGGUGGAACUUCAUUCAGAAUGGAGCCAUAAUGAAUAAGGGCACGGGGCGCUGCCUGGAGGUGGAGAACCGGGGCUUGGCCGGCAUUGACCUCAUCCUCCGAAGCUGUACGGGACAGAGGUGGACAAUCAAGAACUCCGUCAAGUAGAUGGAAGGGACGAGGGCACCUGGAGCCCAGAGCCAGGACAGGGCCUGGCGAUCCUCAGAACCAGCCUCAUGGUGGAGAGACAGCAGGCGCCCAGACAGUGCUCAGCGGACCUCCCAGGGCUCCUUCAGGACAGCCCUGGAUAAAGAUGCUCAGUCCCUCUCAGGCAUUCAGCCUGUACGCUUCAAAGAUCUCCCCUCACUCUUGUCUGGGAGACCAGGAGCUGCAUCUGCUGCAUACCAAGGGGCGAGACUGCUCUUCUCUCUCUGCCAUAUCAUCUCCCACCCAGCGCCAGCAGCUGGGUCUGGCAGGGUCUCUCUCUCUCUCUCUCUCUCUCUCUCUCUCUCUCUCUCUCUCUCCUUCUCCCUCUCCAUCUCUCUCAUCUCAUUCUUUGCUGCAGCUGCUUGUGAAACUCACCCUGGCCCUCCAAGAAAUGGGAGGUGGGCAUUGGGGCUUUGACAGCAUCCUAGCUCCCUCUUGGAGAAGGAGGCAAUGAGACCCUGAGACUUCAUUUCUGCUGAGGACACUUUUGGCCCAGAAACCCGGUUGUAUGCCAAGGCAGCCACCACCCAGACCAUCCCAGCAAGAUGGCGUUGGGACAAGCGUUCUGAACCCCUCUGGGUUCCUCUUGAGGCUCCCUGUCUCCAUCACCUGGAGCCCCAAAUAUGAACAGCACCUGCCUGCGUCUAGAGGGAGCCAAAUCGACUAAGCAUGCAAGAUGUUCCCAGUACCUAGUCAGUACAGCCAGGGCCAAGGUGUCCUGGUUUCAGGGAGCAGCAAGAGUCCUCCGUGCAGGACAGAAGGGCUGAAGAGUCAGCCUAGCAAAGGGUACAGGACCCUCCGUGAUGCUUAGCCCUCAGCUCCUAUCACCCCACGCUCUGCUGGCUGAUGGGGGACAGAAGCAGCAGUCUCCUCUUGUAAGAGUGAUGGCUGCUUUCCGAUUGCCCUCUGGUUAGGGUGCACUUAUAAAUCAGAGUUAAUAUAUGGAUGCGUCUGCAUGCGCGGGAAAGCGAGAGUGCGUGCCUGCCUGGGCGAUGCGUGUGACUGGGUGCCGUGUUGGUGUGCCUGAGCGCGUGAGUGUGCUAGCGCAGAAGUAGCGGUGUGGUCUUGGGCUUGUGGCUUCAUUGCUGACUGGAUGGGGACGAGGAUGCCUAGAAGUACAGGGUGGGUGGUCCCAUGUCUCUGGGUCACUGGCCCAGAGGACGCUGCUGGGUCUUGCCUGCUAGGGUACCCCUUCUCUGAAUCCCCACCCCCAUCCACUACUGCCCUUGGCCAACUCCUGCCCAGAGCCAAAUCCUGUAGGUGCCCAGUAUGGGAUCCAGUGUCUCAUUUGGUGGUAUCUCUAUUGGGGAUCAUUCCUCAACCCAUCUCCCCUCCUUGUGAA